GUCCACCUCAUUAUGAUGGUGAUGACGAAGGUAGCAUUGAUGAACACGUUGAGGAGCAAGAUGAUGUCAGCAAAAUGUAUUCGAAAGCUUAUUUAGAGCGUAGCAGAGGAGGGAAGCAGGGAGCAGAAUUUGGGAGAAAUGUCAACCUAUUUGCCUGAGGAGUUGAUGCUGAAAAUCCUCUGCAGGGUGCCUCCAAAAUCCCUAAUCCGAUUCAGGUGCGUCUCCAAAUCCUGGCUUGAAAUGAUUGGAAACCCAGAUUUCUUCUCCCAUAAUCCCCUCAACUACUCAAUUUUGAUUUCCCAAGAAACUCCCAAUCACCUUCUCCUCCUCGUGAAAGGCACGGAGAAAUUCAUUACAAAAAGGGAAGUGCUCUCUUUUCUCUCUUACAAGACCCUGGAUUCUGUGGACCAGAUCCCUCAUACCCUCAAGCUCGUCGCCUCCUGUAAGGGCUUGUUAUGCCUUCACAAGUUCCGAACCAGUGACGUCUAUCUCUGGAAUCCGGCCACCCCAUCGGUGGGGCUCAAGGCUCUUCCGCCCGUGACUUUUCGCGUGCGUGAUGUAUUUGGGUCCUGUUUGGGGUUCGGUUUCGACUCGAGAUCUAACGAUUUCAAGGUGGUGAGAAUUCUUAUAAUCGAGUUUCAAACGAAGGGUAUAGAGAACUUUUUUCAUAUGAAUAAAUACGUUGAAGUAUACAGCUUAAGCGGCGGAUCUUGGAGACUGCUUGACCUGGAGGUGCCCAUGUUUUUUGGUUUUCUGAUCUGUUCCGGGACCUUGGCGUUAGAUGGGGCUUUUAUCUGGUGGAUGCCGGGUCAUGACAUCGUUGUUUUCGACUUCAGCGACGAGGUGUUCCGAACGAUGCCGCUUCCUCGUCUGUCGAGUUAUUGGGAGAGCAUUAACAUAAGCUUGUUAAACGGGCAUGUCACUUUGUUGGCAUUUGCUGGUUCUGGGAUGCAUGCAAAAUGUUCUUUGGAGAUAUGGGUUUUGCUUGAAUUUGGUGUUAAGGAAUCGUGGACUAGACUUACUACCAUUGGACUCCCAAUGGGUUUGGAAAUGCCAUUGGGGUUUUGGAGAAGAGGGGAGUUGUUCAUGGAGAGUAGUGAGGGGCAGUUGGUCUUGUAUGAUCCUUUUACACGCACAAAAAAGAAUCUUCAAAUUGAUGCAAUUAAGAGAUCUUUCCAAAUUGUUCUCCACACCAAGAGUUCUGUUGCGGUCUAGGGAGGGGUUAAUCCGUGAGGUAUUUGUUUUCCAAGUUUUUCUUUUGGGUAGGUAUGUUUUGUACUAAUGUUGACUGUAAAUUUUCUUUAGGAGCCAUUUUGUUGGCUUUGGUAGGUUUGAUAUGUGUAUCAAUCAAAGUUCUGAUA